CAGUUCAGGAGCAGCAACCAGCAGCACAGUGAGCAAACAUGUCCACCAGCAUGAACAUGGGCAGGAUCGUCUUCUACGAGGACAGGAACUUCCAGGGUCGUUCCUAUGAGUGCAGCAGCGACUGCGCUGACAUGUCCUCCUACCUGAGCAGGUGCCACUCCUGUAGGGUUCAGAGCGGCUGCUUCAUGGUCUACGACCGCAACAACUACAUGGGAAACCAGUACUUCAUGAGGAGGGGAGAGUACUCUGACUUCCAGAGUAUGAUGGGAAUGACUGAUAUCAGGUCCUGCCGCACGAUCCCCAUGCACAGAGGAUCCUACAGAAUGAGGAUCUACGAGAGAGAUAACUUCGGAGGUCAGAUGCACGAGAUGAUGGACGACUGUGACUCCAUCAUGGACCGUUACCGUAUGUCCGACUGCCAGUCCUGCAACGUGAUGGAUGGCCACUGGCUGAUGUACGAGCAGCCCCACUUCAGAGGCAGGAUGACUUACAUGAGGCCCGGAGAGUACAGGAACUUCAGAGACAUGGGCAUGAGUGGCAUGAGGUUCAUGAGCAUGAGGCGUAUCACUGAUAUGUGCUAGAUAUGUUAUGUUGACCAAAUAAAAGUAAUUGGUCAUUUGUAAAACAAUUAAGUGUGCUACAUCAUUUCAAUAUUUGGUGUUUUGUGUUUCCAUCUGUAGGUAUGAUAUAACAUAGGCCAAUUAUAUAUACGACCGGUCAAAAUCUUUAGAACACCUACUCAUUCAAGGGUUUUUAUUAUUUUUACUAUUUUCUACUUUGUAGAAUAAUAGUGAAGGCAUGAAAACUAUGAAAUAAUACAUAUGGAAACCUAAAGUGUUAAACAAAUCAAAAUAUAUUUUAUAUUUGAGAUUCUUCAAAUAGUCACCCUUUGCAUGGAUGACAGCUUUGCACACUCUUGGCAUUCUCUCAACCAGCUUCACCUGGAAUGCUUUCCCAACAGUCUUGAAGGAGUUCCCACAUAUGCUGAGCACUUGUUGGCUGCUUUUCCUUCACUCUGUGGUCCGACUCAUCCCAAACCAUCUCAAUCUGGUUGAGGUCAGGGGAUUGUGGAGGCCAGGUCAUCGGAUGCAGCACUCCAUCACUCAUCUUCUUGGUAAAAUAGCCCUUACACAGCCUGGAGGUGUGUUGAGUCAUUGAACUGUCAAACAACAAAUGAUAGUCCCACUAAGCCCAAACCAGAUGGGAUGGCGUAUCUCUGCAGAAUGCUGUGGUAGCCAUGCUGGUUAAGUGUGCCUUUACAUCUAAAUAAAUCACAGACAGUGUCAUUAGCAAAGCAACCCCACACCAUAACACCUCCUCCUCCAUGCUUUACGGUGGGACAUACACAUGUGGAGAUCAUCCAUUCACCCACACCGCGUCUCACAAACACACGGCGGUUGGAACCAAAAAUAUCCGAUUUGGACUCUAGACCAAAGGACAAAUUUCCACUGGUCUAAGGUCCAUUGCUCGUGUUUCAUGGCCCAAGCAAGUCUCUUCUUCUUUUUGGUGUCCUUUAGUCAUGGUUUCUUUGCAGCAACUCGACAAUGAAGGCCUGAUUCACACAGUCUCCUCUGAACAGUUGAUGUUGACAUGUGUAUGUUACUUGAACUCUGUGAAGCAUUUAUUUGGGCUACAAUUCCUGAGGCUGCUAACUCUAAUGAAGAGAUAACUGCAGCAAAGGUAACUCUGGAUCUUCCAUUCCUGUGACGGUCCUCAUGAGAGCCAGUUUCAUCAUAGCGCUUGAUUGUUUUUGCAACUGCACUUGAAGAAACAUUCAAAGUUCUUGAAAUGUUCCGUAUUGACUGACCUUCAUGUCUUAAAGUAAUGAUGGGCUGUUGUUUCUCUUUGCUUAUUUGAGCUGUUUUUGCCAUUAUAUGGACUUGGACUUUUACCAAAUAGGGAUAUCUUCUGUAUACCACCCCUACCUUGUCACAACACAACUGAUUGGCUUAACUUUUAAGAAGGUACACCUGUUAAUUGAAAUGCAUUCCUGGUGACUACCUCAUGAUGCUGGUUGAGAGAAUGCCAAGAGCAUGCAAAGCUGUUAUCAAGGCAAAGGGUGGCUAUUUGAAGAAUCUCAAAUAUAAAAUAUAUUUUGAUUGUUUAACACUUGCUUGGUUACUAUAUGAUUCCAUAUGUGUUAUUUCAUAGUUUUGAUGUCUUCACUAUUAUCAACUAUGUAUUUUCUACAAUGUUGAAAAUAGUAGAAAACAAUAAAAUCGCUUGAAUGAG